CGGGGGCGGGGCUCCAGCGCUCGUCACGUGACGGGUCCGGCGGCGGCGGCAGCGGCGGCGGCGGCCGCGGCGUCUUUAGCGGCCCCCAGUGCAGGAUGGUGCUGGAGGCGGCGGCGGCGGCCGUGGUGGCGGCGGCGUUGUUGGCGGCAGCGGGCGGGGGUGCUGUGGCGGCAGCGGCGGCGGCGCCCACGGGUGGUAUAAAAUGGCGGAUUUCGAGGAGUUGAGGAAUAUGGUUUCUAGUUUUAGGGUUUCUGAACUACAAGUGUUACUAGGCUUUGCCGGACGGAAUAAAAGUGGACGUAAGCAUGACCUCCUGAUGAGGGCGUUGCAUUUAUUGAAGAGUGGCUGCAGCCCUGCGGUUCAGAUUAAAAUCCGAGAAUUGUAUAGACGCCGAUACCCACGGACUCUCGAAGGCCUUUCUGAUUUAUCCGCAAUCAAAUCACCGGUUUUCAGUUUGGAUGGUAGCUCCUCACCUGUAGAACCUGACUUGGCUGUGGCUGGAAUCCACGCGUUGCCUUCCACUUCAGUUACGCCUCAUUCUCCGUCCUCCCCUGUUGGUUCUGUGCUGCUUCAGGACACUAAACCCGCGUUUGAGAUGCAGCAGCCAUCUCCCCCAAUCCCUCCUGUCCAUCCUGAUGUGCAGUUAAAAACCUUACCCUUUUAUGAUGUCCUUGAUGUUCUCAUCAAGCCCACGAGUUUAGUUCAAAGCAGUAUUCAGCGGUUUCAAGAGAAGUUUUUUAUUUUUGCUCUAACACCUCAGCAAGUUAGAGAGAUUUGCAUAUCCAGGGAUUUUUUGCCAGGUGGUAGGAGAGAUUAUACAGUACAAGUUCAGCUGAGACUUUGCCUCGCAGAGACAAGUUGCCCUCAAGAAGAUAACUAUCCCAAUAGUCUCUGUAUAAAAGUGAAUGGGAAGCUAUUUCCUUUGCCUGGCUAUGCACCACCACCUAAAAAUGGAAUUGAACAGAAGCGCCCUGGACGCCCUUUGAAUAUUACAUCUUUAGUUAGGUUAUCCUCAGCUGUGCCAAACCAGAUUUCCAUUUCUUGGGCAUCAGAAAUUGGAAAGAAUUACUCCAUGUCUGUAUAUCUUGUACGACAACUCACAUCAGCCAUGUUAUUACAGAGAUUAAAAAUGAAAGGUAUUAGAAACCCUGAUCAUUCCAGAGCACUAAUUAAAGAAAAACUUACUGCAGAUCCUGACAGUGAGAUCGCUACCACUAGCCUUCGCGUGUCCUUGAUGUGCCCUUUAGGGAAAAUGAGGCUGACAAUCCCAUGCCGUGCGGUGACUUGUACACACCUACAGUGUUUUGAUGCUGCCCUUUAUCUGCAAAUGAAUGAGAAGAAACCCACCUGGAUUUGUCCUGUGUGUGACAAAAAAGCUGCCUAUGAAAGUCUAAUUUUAGAUGGGCUUUUUAUGGAAAUUCUCAAUGACUGUACUGAUGUGGACGAGAUCAAAUUCCAAGAAGAUGGUUCUUGGUGUCCAAUGAGACCGAAGAAAGAAGCUAUGAAAGUAUCCAGCCAACCAUGUCCAAAAAUAGAAACUUCAGCUGUCCUCAGUAAGCCUUGUGCAGUGACUGUAGCCAAUGAGCCAAGCAAGAAGAAAGUGGAUGUCAUUGACCUGACAGUAGAAAGCUCUUCUGAUGAAGAGGAAGGCCCUCCUGCCAAAAGGAAAUGCAUCUUUAUGUCAGAAACACAAAGCAGCCCAACCAAAGGGGUUCUCAUGUAUCAGCCAUCUUCUGUAAGGGUGCCCAGUGUGACUUCGGUUGAUCCUGCUGCUAUUCCGCCUUCAUUAACAGACUACUCAGUACCAUUCCACCACACGCCAAUCUCAAGCAUGUCCUCAGAUCUGCCAGGUUUGGAUUUUCUUUCCCUUAUUCCAGUUGAUCCCCAGCCCCCAAUGGGUGUGAAAAAAGUCUCCCCUUGCCCCAAGCUCCAUUUUGGCCUUUCUGAGUUCCCCAAAGCCAGUAGGAUCAUCUGAGCCAAAGGCAGUCCAACUCAAACUGGAAAAGUGGUAAGGCUAAAGCAACAACAAAAGCAGAGCUAAGCUUUGCUUUUUCAUUUUUUUUCCGUGUGUGUUUCCCACCCCAUUUGAUGUUCUCAAGGUAGCUCUGGGAUAAGAAAAACAGUCUUUUGCUCAAGGUGUUACUUUCUUGAUUGGCAUACCACAUUGUUUCCUGAACUGUUUCUUUUUGAAUGGAUUUUAAAGCUGCUUUUAUGUUUUCAAAGCUCAAGUCUUUACAAGCUCAACAGUUGAAGUGUUUCUGUUGUAAAACACUCACAACAAAAGAGUGUUGUGUUAUAAAGUAUCCCUCGUAUUUUGGCCUUCAUCAAACCAUUCAACAAGAUUUCAGUGUGUUUUGAAAGUGUAUGUGGAUUAGACUGGUAAAACAGAUCUGGUCCCAUUCUUCAAAGGGCUUACAACAAGUUUUCAAAAAUCAGGAAUUCUUACCUGCUAAGAGAUGUGCUAAGAAACCUACAACAUAUCACAUUCCUUACCACAGUCUUUCAAAGGAAAGUAGUGUUGUCUUUAUGUUGCAAAUGAAACAUAAAUUUUGCAGUUGGACUUGGGUGUCUGAAACAGACCUAUUAAUUCAAAAGCCUUCUGACUAAACUGAAGUGACACUAAUUAGGUAGGCUAUUUGGGAGGCUGGUGUGGUAACCUAGACAUAAAAUUGUGAGAACUGAUUUCAGGUGAUGGCUACAGGAAUAAGGAAGGAAUGGAUGAUGGAGCCAUUUCAAAGGAAGACUCAAGAUUUAAGUGGAUGUAGGAGUAAGAGCUGAGUCCAUUUCUCAAGGUAGAAUGGACAGCAGUCAUUAAGGGGAGACAAUGGUGAGUUUGAUGAUUAAGAUGAGAUUUCAGAGAGUUUUCAAGAAGCGUAUUUUUGUUCUGCAGUCUUUAAGAAGUGCAGACUCCCUUGCCUCCGAUCCUGCCAUCGCUUGUCUCCCUUGUGUAUGUGUUCGAGUCUCUCCCAGCUGCCUGCCCACCCUGCGCUUGUGCUUGCCCAGUCGCUCAGUCGUGACCGACUCUUGGCUACCCUUUGGACUGUAGCCCGUGUCACGUGCAUCACAGGUGGAUUCUGUACCUGCUGAGCCAUGGGGAAGCCCUCUGUCCACCCUCUCUCCUCCCUUAACCAUGCUUGGCUGCAAGUUAAUGGGUUUUUUUUGAAUUUGCACUUGUCUGCCUUGUCAACGAAUUUGGCUGUCUUCUAAAGGCCUGCCAUAGCCUGCAGCUCUCACCGGUGUGGGCUGUGUCCACAUUCCACUAUCACAGGAGCUGGUGGCGGCUGCCUUUCCUCUGUCUUGUAAUUUCUAAAUAAUUUCUCAAGGCUUCUGACAAAAAUCUGCCCUUGUGUUGCCUAUGUCAGGAAGUUACACUGUCAGUUACCUCUGCUCUUACCAUCGAUCACUCCCAUUGGUUUGCUGAAGGCCUCACUUCCUGACAGUGUACUUGGCCAUCUCUGAUUCUGUCGUAUUCUCAGUGACUUCGUGUUCUGACAGGUGACCCAUCCAACACUGGCUGGUGAGAUUUUUGGUUAUCUUGCCUCCAACAUUUUCUUCCAUUGAAACUCCCUAUUUAACCAUCUCUAUUUUCUUUGUACUUCCUACCCCACUUCAAUAUCACAUCCUUCAGCAUGUCCUCAGAGCCCUUUCUCAGUCACCUGCCAGUCCUUUGACUUGACACUGCAUGGUUCUUUCCCCAUUCUCAUCAAUUAAUGCAAAUCUUGCCAUUCCUUUUUUCUUUUUUAAUUGAAGUAUAGUUGAUGUAUAAAAUUGUUAAUUUUAGAUGUACUACAUGAUUUGGUUGCAUGUAUUCUUGCCAUGAUAAAUCUAGUAACCAUUUGUCUCCGUAAGAAGUUAUAAUCAUGUAUUAUGCUGUAUGUUUUCAUUCCUGUGGCUUAUUUUAUAACUGGAGGUUUAUAUCUCUGAAUUCCCUUUACCCGUUUCUUCCCCUCUCCAGCCCCUUCCUCCUGGCAACCACUCAUUUAUUCUCUAUGAGUCUUUUCAUUUCAUUUGAUUAGAUUCCACGAAGGAGCAAGAUCAUAUGGUAUUUGUCUUUUUCUGAUUUAUUUCACCUAGCAUAAUAACCCUCUAGAUUCACGCAUGUUGUUGGAAAUGGCAAGAUUUCGUUUUUGUUGUUAGUGGCUGUGUUGUGCAUGUAUGCACUCUUUACCCAUUCAUGUAUGGGCACUUAAGGUACUUCCAUAUACUUUGGCUAUUGUAAAAUAAUGUUGCAGUGAAUAUUGAUGUGCACAUAUCUCUUUGAAGUCACUUGACAUCAUGUAAAUACCCGGAAGUGGAAUUGCCAGAUCCUAUGGUAGUUCUGCUUAGUUUUUUGAGAAUCCCACAUACUGCUUUCCAUUCUAGCUGCACCAGACUCCUGCCAACAGUGCACAAGGAUUUCCUUUUUUCCACAUUCUUACUAACACUUACUUGUCUUUUGUGUUUGUGUUUGAUGACAGCCUACCACUGCUGUUCAGAACACGCCUUUCUUAGCAGGUGAUCUUGUUUCCAGAUUCAAUCAGAAGAUUCAGGACUUCAGCAUGAUUUCUUUCCCUCCUCUAUUCCAGCCUCAGAGGACGAGUUGGGCCAAAGGCCAGUCCAGCCCCGUGAACCUUCGACACCUGUGUCCUAUGUUGUCCUCAGGACCUCCCUCCAUGAGACUUCCCCUCUGUCCUUUAUGUCUUCCACCUUUUGGCUGCUGCUUUUGGCUGCUGCUUUUGGCUUAUGAGUCUCAUGUCAUUAAAUAUUUGAGAGGCUGUAUAUCCCAGGCACUGUAUCAGGCACUUGGAACACACAGUAGAGACUUACCUUCACCAAAGUUGUCAUCCAGUAGAUGGGGCUUCCCUGGUGGCUCAGCUGGUUAAGAAUCCACCUGCAAGGUGGGAGACCUGGGUUCGAUCCCUGGGUUGGGAAGAUCCCCUGGAGAAGGGAGUGGCUACCCACUUGAGUAUUCUGGCCUUGAGAAUUCCAUGGACUCUAGUUCAUGGGGUCACAGAGUCAGACACAACUGAGCGGCUAAUACUACUAACUAACUAAGGCCAUAUAGAUCAGUGAGUAGGGAGAUCAUAGUGCAGUGCUUAAAGGUGGAGUCAGGGUGCUACAAGAGGGCUGAAAACGUCCAAAACAGCCAGAAGUUUGCUAAGGAAUAUUAAGAGAAGUAUGUAAGAAGUCAUGAAAAUCAUGUAGAAUAUCAAUAGCAAGAAGUUAAUGAAGAUUUUUCAUGGUGAUUCACAGUAAGGAGCAUUGGUCGAGUUUCAUAUAAUUAUUUCCAUUCUACAAAUGUGGAAACAGAUUCUGAGAGGUUAAGUGACCUGCAGCAUAUAAGCAGGGAGUCAGGCUUCAUACUCAGUUUUUAACCAUCUUCUCAUACAGGCCUUCCUUGACUAUUCUGUCUAAAAAGUGUUUCCUGAAUAUCCUAACCACAUCACUGUUUGUAUCCUAUAUGGCAGAUAGCACAACCUGUGUUUAUUUUAUGUGUUAGUUCACUGUGUAUUUGUUUCCUCUGCUAGAUUGUAAGCUCCAUGAGGGCAGGGGUGAUGAAUUUCAAUUGUAUCCCAGAGCCAAACGGUGUGGCACAUAGUAGGUGCUCAAUAAAUGCUUGUGAAUGAAGAAA